AAUUCUUACUUUAGCAGAGCUUAUUUCAACCAUUGCUCGAGAGCAGCACAAUCCAUGUCUCUUCCGUCAUGGAGUUGAGCUCCCCUGUGCGCCGCCUGGGCGCGCCCCUGACCUGGGUGUAAACAGAGGUCCAGGACACCCUAGAUACAACAGAUGGAUCUCGGCACACGAGAACAGAGUCAGCGUUUCUGAGGGCUCCGUCCACGACCGCUCGGGUACCCCGUUCCCUCUCCCCUCCAUGCGGCUGCCGGUAUGUGGAGCGCGCGCGGCGCGCCGUCUGUGGAGCACUGCCGGCGUCUCCGGACCCCGGGCCCUGCACAUGACCUGCCGGCGGGGGACAGAGGCGACCACCACCCCGGCGGACCAGCUGCGGACAGAGUAUGACGCCGUGAUAGUGGGAGCAGGUCACAACGGUCUGGUGUGCGCCGCCUACCUGCAGGCCCAGGGUCUGCAGACCUGCGUGUUGGAGCGGCGCCACCUGGUGGGCGGCGCCGCCGUUACUGAGGAGGUGGUGCCCGGAUACAAGUUCUCCCGCGCCUCCUACCUGCUCAGUCUGCUCCGGCCGCAGAUCGCAGCCGACCUCGAGCUCAAGCGUCACGGUCUGAAGGUGCACCUGCGGAACCCCAGCUCGUACACGCCUCUGCGGCCCGAGUUCCGGCCGGCCAGCGGGGCCACCUCCCUCACCCUGUCCGCCGACCACCGCUUCAACCAGCAGCAGAUCGGCCGCUUCUCGGAGAGGGACGCCCAGAGGUUCGGCGCCUACGAGGCGCAGCUGAGCCGGUUUGUAGCCGCGCUGGACCCUCUGCUGGACGCACCGCCGCCCGACUUCACAUCCUGGGAGGGCAGCUCACUGCGCCAGCGGCUGGCGAAGCUGCGCCAGUUGCGGCCCGUCCUGAAGGCAGGUCGGGCGCUGGGCUCGGAUCUUCUCAGCUUCUACGAGCUGAUGACGGCACCUAGCGGCAAGAUCCUGAACCAGUGGUUCGAGUCGGAGCCGCUGAAGGCCACCCUGGCCACGGAUAGCCUGAUCGGGGCUAUGAUGGGACCUAACACCCCCGGCAGCGGGUACAACCUAUUGCACCACGUGGCCGGUGAGAUUGAGGGCGUGAAGGGCGCCUGGGCGUACCCGGAGGGUGGCAUGGGCGCCGUCAGUGCUGCCAUCUGCAGCUCCGCCCUCGAGAGGGGCGCCCACGUCUUCGUCAACCAGCCGGUGUCGCAGAUCACCACGGCCCGGGGCGCGGUGACCGGAGUGGCGCUGGCUGAUGGUCGAGAGGUCCGCAGUCGGCGCGUGCUCUCCAACGCCACGCCCCAGGUGACCUUCCAGCGGCUGAUGGAGCCGGCAGACGUGCCGGCUGAGUACAGGGCGGCUGUGGAGAACAUCGACUACACGUCUCCCGUCUGCAAGAUAAACGUGGCGGUGGACCGUCUGCCCAACUUCCUGGCAGACCCAAACGUGUCGGACUCGGAGCCGAUGCCGCACCACCGCUGCACCAUCCACCUCAACUCGGAGACCACCGAGUGUCUGGAGAGCGCCUACAGGGACGCCGCCGCCGGCCGGCCCUCCAAAAGGCCGAUGAUAGAGAUGGUGAUUCCGUCGUCGCUGGACGCCACCCUGGCUCCUCCCGGCCACCACGUGUGCCUGCUGUUCACCCAGUACUGUCCGUACUCGCCGGCCGCCGGCCCGUGGGACCAGGGGAGCAGGGAGGCCUACGCCGGCGCGGUAUUUGAUAUUAUCGAAGAAUACGCGCCCGGUUUCAAGGCCAGCGUCGUCGGUAAAGAGGUUCUCACGCCGCCCGAUAUCGAGGAAACGUUUGGCCUCACUGGUGGGAACAUUUUCCACGGCGUGCUGUCGUUGGACCAGCUGUGGCUGUCGCGGCCGAGCCCGCGCCGGCCCGGCCCCCGGACCGCCGUGGCCGGUCUCUACCUGUGCGGCAGCGGCUCCCACCCGGGCGGGGGCGUGAUGGGCGCGCCGGGCAGGCUGGCCGCGCUCGCUGCCGCCGCUGACCGCCGCUGACCGGCGCAGAAAGACUGGGAGAGGCGGCAGACGACAGAGCGAUAAUCUGAGACACCGAGGCGCCCGCGACAUUGCUCAGUUGGUGAUGGUUUUGGACGAACGACCGCUGGUAAUGUGUGUGUGUGUGUGUGUUUUUUUAUGCAACUUGCGUCCGUCUAUUUAUAUUGGUAACACUGAAUCGUAACGUGAUGUUAUAACGGAAUGCUAAUUGCUACGGAUCAUUAUGUACAAUAUAUUCAUAAAAUGAUACAAACCGUUCGAACAU